CAGGAGAGCACGCUACCCGCUCCGGAGCACGUGAAAUGCACGGCACUGAUUUCCACAUCGCAUAUUUUGUCAGACGAGCGUCGUUCCCCGCCCUCGCGGACAGCGGCGCCAAGUAACAGAACGGCGAGCACAGGAUGGGCGUGGCUCUUGCACCCCCUCCCUCCGGCGCAGCUACAGGCGCGGUAGGCGUGGUCAAGGAGCCACAGGCAACCAAUGAGAAAAGUGCCAUCGACCGUUCGGGGGGGAAGAAAUGGCAGCAUUUCGAUGAGGGUGCGCAAAAAAAUAUUCCACGGAGGGUGGAAAGGGGAUGAGGAGGACAAUACACGCGCAGGCGUGUAAACACGACGGGGUUCAUUUUUUUUUAAACGGCCAGGAAUGAGGGAGGUGGGAACAGGGGGAGUGGAGGUGGGCUGGUGUGAAAUUCAUCUCCGGUUCUUGAGGUAUUCUUUCGCAGCGACUUGACUUGGCCGUUGACAACGACAGUGUCGGCAUUGUACCUCCCUACACUCGCGUGUCACGGGCGAGCGGAGCACGGCCUCUGUGGGCGAGAGAUUUGUCACAGGUGGUUAGAGCUGCCACUCGUACCUUCGAUUCUACUACCAUCGUCCUCGUCCGAUUUUUGCGCAGUGGACCGCUGUGCUUCCUACUUGCACAGCUGGCCCUUCCGCACAUUUAUUCCCAACCUCGUUGCUACAUGUUUUGAAAAUUCCAAGAAGGGAACCCCCGCAGUCUGGUGUGCUGAAAAGGACGUGAAAGAAAGAAAGAAAAAAAAACCACCCUGAAAAAAAAAGUCGUAAACAAGUCAUCACGCCUCUGACUUUACUGCGCCGAGGGUCUCAACGGCACUGAAGAAGGAAGAUCUGGGUCGAGACGGAGAUGUUUUGAACUCACAGGCGUUUCGGAAGCUCAUCAACAACUGAGGUAGGGAACUGGGUCAUUUCCUGUGACCGUUUUAAACUUACUGUGGACUUGCUCCAGUGGAUUUGCAUGCAGAUGCUGUGUACAGCAUGUUCUCGCUGUCCACGGUGGACAGACUAAGACUUGGGAAACAGCGAGCACUCUUUGCCGAGUCGACCAGCGCUGCUCGCCGAGAGGUUGGCAGCAAGUUUGGUCUGAAGCCAGACGACAGAGAAGCCUGCAGCAGUGACAUGCUGGUGUGAAUGAGUGUCACAUGUCCAUUGACUCCCACGGACAACAGCUAAUGACCGACACGAGAGAGUGUAUGUCAGGGCAGUGAAUUUAGUAUCGCCGGUCAAGAGAAAAUUUUCAAGACAAAGAAUAAAACUCGGGAACCUUCACAGACAGGAUCCUCCUCGGAGUGGAAGUACUGGACUCUUGCAGAUGGACAACAACGGCAGGCCGCCGUCGGCGCGUGGGUGCAUGGCUCAGGCUUCUGACGACGACACCCUUACCCUCGGAGACGACGUCCUUGGCGCCAGUCUUCUUCACGGCGACAACAGCCACCUCGACACCACCGUCAACAGCAACAACAGCAGCAACGGCGGAGCUCUCAACGCCACGCUCAGCAACUCUUCCUCUUCUACCCCGUCGUGUUCCGGUUCGGGUAAAAUCAGUAUCAUCGGUUCGUCAGGACCCAACAGCAACGGUGUGGCUGCUAGCAACAGCAGCAGCAGCAACAAUAACAACAACAGCGCUGCGUCCGACCUGCUGUCCGGCAAGAACCUGACGUUCUCACCUGAACAGGUGGCCUGCGUGUGCGAGGCGCUGCAGCAGAAGGGCGACAUCGAGCGCCUGGCGAGGUUCUUGUGGUCCUUGCCGCCCAGCGAACUGCUCCGUGGGAGCGAGGCUGUCCUCAAGGCACGGGCCACGGUGGCCUUCCACCGGGGCAGCUACCGGGAGCUGUAUGCUAUCCUGGAGAGUCACAACUUCGACGAGUCCAACCACGCCUUCUUGCAGCAGCUGUGGUACAAAGCGCACUACAUGGAGGCCCAGAAGGUAAGGGGUCGGGCUUUGGGUGCCGUGGACAAGUACCGGCUGCGGCGCAAGUACCCUCUGCCCAAGACCAUCUGGGAUGGCGAAGAGACCAUCUACUGCUUCAAGGAGAAGUCGCGCCAGGCCUUGAAGGAGUGCUAUAAGCAGAACCGCUACCCCACGCCGGACGAGAAACGAGGUCUGGCCAAGAAGACUGGUCUGACCCUCACCCAGGUCAGCAACUGGUUCAAGAACCGUCGCCAGAGGGACCGGACACCCAUCAGUCAACUCACAAUGUGCACGACCCUUACGGCCGAGACCUGAGCGAGGAGACGCUGAAGCAGAUGGGCCACAGCAUGUGCGGGAUGACCAUGGGGCAGGCCAUGAUGUCCGCCGACUACAGCCGCGACUACCACCAUCCGCACCACCACCACUACCCGCAGACCAUGCCCUCCGUCAAGAUGCUGGAGGACAUGCGGCAGAACCUGAGCAUGCCCAUCGUCAAGACGGAGCAGCUGCCCCCCCACUACCUCUGCUCCCCCUCCCCUACUCCCCUCAAUCACCACCACCAUCACCACCACCACAACCACAUGCACAACCACCAGUCCAUGUUGCCUGUCUGACGUGAGUCUCACGGCGGGAACCAACAAAAUAAAUAAACAAGUAAAUAAAUAGCGCAUUGGCUCGCUCCAGGAUUCAACAUGGCGCUGGUGUCACGGCUAUCAUCUUCCAGACUAAGCUCAGACAACGACAUCCUCCCUUCACCCCCCGUACAGCCCUGUUAAUAACGGAGUUAGUCUGUUCUCUCUGUGUGACCAGAUUCUGGCAUGGCCUGAUGAGGAGCAGGACUGUAAAUGGCGAACCCACAAGAAGCGGUCACGUGACUAGACAAUACAUUGUGCUGCUCGGAGGGUGACUGCACUGAAGGACCCACUCGCCUCCCAAUCAGAAAACGAGAGAGAGAAGAACAAAGAGUGCUUUGGGGUGACAUUGCCGGGAGUAAGAAAACUUACUGGCCGCGUUUUGAAACAAUGGUCGACCUCAGGCGUGGCGGCCGUGAACUCUACUUUGUGUGUAUUUACUUAGAGUAGCAAGCCUCGCAAUUGUGUUUCUUCACAGAGCAACACAGCUCAGUAAUCACAGACGUUGACUAAUAUAUAAAAUAAGAAACCCAAAAUGUAAAAAAAAAAAAAAAAAAAAAAUCCUAAGUUUUUGAAAGGAG